ACUGUUUUCAGCUGUAGCCCGGAGCCUCACUUCAGGCCGCAUUGCUGUGGUUGACGGUGCCCACAGCCGGGGCGCAUUCUUGUUGGGGUGCACAGGUGAGGUGAUGCCUGGCUUUCACCGUCGUCUCACCCGUCGUCACCGCACACCGCACACUUGUUUUGCACAUCGCUUAUCUCUGGUCAAACUUUCACUUUCACUCUCACUUCCUACCAUCGUCGUCCGUGCGCUACCCACUUCUAUUUGAACUCACCUCCGCCUUCUCUCCAACCUUUCCUCCUCCACACAUCUCCGCGCAUUGCACCCGCGUUACAUGCACCACUUCUUAUCUCACCUGCAUAUUCUCUUGCGCCUACGUCAAGCCUCGAUCUAUCCAUCAUCACUUCGACAUGUCUGACAAAGCCAGCGAUGGCGGAGCCACCUCCACCGCCACUUUCACGGAGCGCGAGAUGCAGAUCAUGUCCAAGGCGUGGUUCUGCCUCAAAUCUGGUACCCCAGAGAUCGACUACGACAAACUUGCUGAAGCGACGGGCAUGACCAACCCGCGUUCCGCGUCCAACGCCUGGGCCAAGAUCAAGCACAAGUUACAUGCUCAAGAGGGUAUCGUCGCAACUCCGAAGGCCAAAGCCACCCCCAAGAAGAAGGCCAAUGGCAACGACUCCGCUCCAGGAACGCCAACCAAGACGCCGCGCAAGCGUGCUCCCAAGAAACAAGAGGUCGAUGGCGAGUCCUCUCCUAAAAAGAAAGGCAAGGCCACCAAGAUGAAGACGGAGGCAGAGGACGCCGAUGAGACCGCUCUUGACGGCGAGGAGAUGGAGGGCGCCAACGAGGACUAAGGUCCGCCGUCGUACGCUUCUCUACCCUCUACCACGUUUCCUAUCGAAUUUGGGACCAAAGAAUAGGCGUCUGGGUUGAAGGCGCUUGCAUCAGACGUGUCGAUAUCUGAGCUGGGCAUCGUCUGUUUGGGCUCGAACGUGGUGAUGUUUGGGAACCGAACCGCAGAUGUACGCCUUUUGUUCACGGCAUUGAUAUCAUCGUGUCGUUGAAUUGGUUAUGCUCUGGGUAAUCAUAUCAAUGGAUACC